CCGGGGACUUGUUCCCUGUCGAACCCGGAAGUAUAUACAGUUGAAAGUCGACAGUUUUGAUCUGGUAGACAAAGUUUCUGCUCCUCUCUCCUAGGUGGGGUAUGCUGGAUUUGUGGCCCUAGCGAACCGCCCUUCUUGGACUGUUAACAAUGCCUUACUUGGACCGGCGUGGACGGACCUGUGGAUUUCUGGACAUUGAGGAGAAGGAAAGGAGUGGAAAGUUCUUACGGCGCUACCUCCUCUUGGACAAGGCAGCUGGACUGCUGGAGUAUUACAUGGACAAUCCACUGAACCUUCCUGACGGAACAGCACCAGUCUGCCAGAUCAACCUGUCAUAUAUACAGAAUGUCUUUGAUGCAAGAAAACAGAGGCCAAAGAUCGAGUUUUGUUUUGCAAUCCUGGCCAACAGCAGACACUACUUCAUGCAGGCUAAUGAUGAAAAUGACAUGGAUGGCUGGGUAGACAGCAUCAACAAUGCCAGCAAGAUUACAGUUCCAAAGAAGAAUACACAAAGGGUAACAAAGCAGGAAGAAAAUACAGAGAGAGUGCCAUGUUCGGGUGGUUACCGGGCCGAGAUUGUUGGAGGAAUGGUGGUAAAGACACCAAUAGAGAUGAGUGACAGUGAUAGUGAGGCAGAAAAUGGGAAAACCAAAGUGUCCCCAUCCACAAGGAAAAAACAGGCCUUGGGCCUGAAGCCGGUCAAGACUGGGUUCUGUGUCAAGCAGGGUGCUGUGGUGAAGAACUGGAAAAGGAGAUACUUCGUUUUGGACCAUGAAGGUCUCUCCUACUACAAGUCCAACACAGACACAGAUCCCAUUAAAGUGAUUUCCCUACUUGAUAUCCUGCAUGUCAAGUCCUACACUGGGGAUUUGCCACGAGACAACCUGUUUGAAGUCAUCACAACCAACAGAACUUUUCUAGUACAGGCAGACAGUCCAGAAGAGAUGCAUUCUUGGAUCCAGGCAAUCACAGAUACAGUCAACUCCUUCAGGAAGGAGUGUCCCAUCCAGAGAAAAGGGUCCAUUCCAGAAUCCCGUAGUAGGAGAACAAGACACCACUCUCCGGACAGCAGGCAGACCCUCCCGAGGCACUUGCGGGGGACACAGGUGUAACUGCUGAGUGCAUUGGGAGAGGCAGCUAACUUUGGUGUACAUAUGGGACAUGUGGCAUUCCUGAUUGACUUCUACAACAUGCUGCAAGGCAUAAGAUGUAAUGAUGAUGCAGACUUGUCAGCACUCCAUUUCACAUGAUUUGAAAUAUGUGUUAGUCAUUGUGCAGUUAACAAAGCUAGGUUAUUUUCUACCUAUUACGGAACCAGCAAUUUUAGUCUGUAAAAAAGUCAGUUGCUUGGACAAUUUCUUUUAUUACAGUUGCAGCAAUAGUUUUAAAUCUUUGAAAGGUAAUCAUUGUUGCAGCAUUUAAAGCUUUUUUCCUUCAAAGCUGCAGUCGAAAUGAUAUUUUAUGUUUGUACUAGUUUUUUUAAAGAUUGCUUUUAAGAGAAUUUGCAUUUUUCUUUUCUGCUUUUUGGAUUAUGCAGUUCAAAUUAAUAUUCUGCAGCAAUUUCGCUACCUUAGUCUUAUGUGUACAUAGUCAUAUAGAACAAGUUAAUUCAAAGAUCCAAAACUCUUCUUUUAUUGUAUUAAGUUUGAACCACAUUGUUUGCUUUGCCAUGUAUAAGUGCAGUUGCAUAAGUUCUACAUUUCUCCAGACCACUUAAAUAAUUACACAAUUUCCUUUGAUGUACUGGUACACAUGGAAAUAAUGCCACUUUUGGUUAGAGAAAAUUGUGUUUGAAAGAGGAGGGGCCAUACUGGUAUUACUCAUACUUAGUAACAGGGCUACUUAUGUCCACAAUACAAACUUCAUGUUUUUUUUUAAAUACCAGUUCAUUUUGGAGACUGAGGAAUAAGGUUUUUGGUGAAAGUAAUCAGUUUAACAAUGUCAGAACUUUUUUCAUCAAUCAUUGCAUGUUGUACAUACGUUGAAUUUUGUUGUCUACUAUUAUAGAUGUACAUAAGAUUAAGUGGGUUAAAGGACAGGGAUGCUACAGAAUACGAUUUUUAUAGAAUCUGAUGUUUUUGUAUCAAUUGUUUCUUUGAUGUUAAACUCCAAGUGUAUUUCUACUAAACCAAGAUUAAGAAAGUUCACAUUGUUUGGAUGUUACACAGUAUAUGUCUGAUCAUUUUGACUGUAUCACAUUAGGAGUUGAUGAUAUUGUUAUGUACUAAGGUGUAUGUACUAAUGUUGUGUUCUUAUAUUCCCACGUUCUGUAGUUAUGUAGAUGCAGCUUUGCUGUUGUUGCCCUUUUGUUACAUCAGUUCAAACCAACUGUCCAUUAUUUGUUUCCACCAAAGUUUUUGCCUUUCAUUCAGUCAGAUACAAUCUUGCAAGCGUAAAUCAGUAGCCUAAAUGGUACAUAUUAAACUAGAAAAGAAAAAUGUACCAAACAUAGCAUUGCAUGUGUGUAAUCUGAAAAUAAUAAGAAGUAGCCUGGAAACCUGUCCUGUCAUUAGUAACUACCAAGGAACUAAAGACCAAAGUGAUAUUGGAUGAACUUCAGGAUAAGUAAGCAAUGGAGCCAACACAGUUAAACUAAACUUAAAUAUACAUGUAUACAACAUAUUCUGAAUUUUACAAAUGCUGUAAAUACAAUCAUGUAAGUGAACCUUUUACAUUUAAUUUCUGGAAAUCACAAAUAAGGUGUAAAAUCUAACCAUCUUGUUAGCAUUAAACAUGUGCAACAAUU